GCCGUUAAAUAUACGUUUAAUGAUCAGAUUUAAUAUAAAUGCAUACUAUAAAACCAUUCUCUAAAGUUUUAGAAUGAAUUAACUUGAAAUCCUUUUUUUAAUAAUGAUUAUGAGGCCGUUUGUCCCCCCCCUGAGUUAAACCCGUUAUGGUACAGUCGGAUGCUGCGCGGGACGACAGAAGGCGCGUGUUGUUUCCUGUGCUGAUAAACCGAACACAGGGUUCCAGCGUUUUUUACCAUGGCUCGUGAUUAUAAAGCUGGAGACCUGAUCUUCGCUAAGAUGAAGGGUUAUCCUCACUGGCCUGCUCGGAUCGAUGAAGUUCCAGAUGGAGCGGUGAAGCCUCCCAACGCUAAAUUUCCCAUCUUCUUCUUCGGAACUCAUGAAACGGCGUUUUUGGGUCCUAAAGAUAUUUUCCCGUAUUUACCCAACAAAGAGAAAUAUGGGAAACCCAACAAGAGGAAGGGCUUUAAUGAGGGUUUGUGGGAAAUCGAGAACAAUCCUACAGUGGAGCUGAAUGGACAGAAGGUGAUGGUGAUGGAAGGAGUUUCAGAUAAAGAGUCAGACGGCAGUCCGGAGGAGGAAGACGAGGGACACGAGAAAGGUCAAGAGAAGAAGAAGAAAUCUAGUAAAGUGGCUGGAGAUGAGGAGGUGGAGGAGGAGGAAGGUGAUGGCAUGGAGGUGUCUCUAGUGGAGGAAGUCUCACCACCAAAAGACUCGGCAGAUGCAGUGAAAGCUAAGAGAGUCUGGAAAAAGAAGACUGAAGUUGAGCAGGACUCAGAGGAAGAGGACGGAGCAGUGAGUCACACGUCCAGCCCCAUGGCUGCAGAGACACCAACUCCAAAACGCAGAGGCAGGAAACCCAAUGCGGAAAAAUUACUUUUGCUGCAGCACCAAGCCUCACAUGGUGUUGGUGGAGAUGUAGAGAAAAGGCGUAAGAGAGCAGCGGAGGAUAAGAGCAGGUCCUCAGAUGGAGAGGAGGAGAGAAGAACUGAGGGGAAGAAGAAAAAAGAAAAAGACGAGAGUAAAGCAGGGAAGAAAGAGACAGAGGCCAAGAAGAAGCGCAGUGCUAAAGAGGAGAGUUCGUCUGAGUCUGAUGAGGACGGGCAGAAGAGAAAUCGUAAGCGAGCAAAAAUAACAACUGACACAGAAAAAGACGGACGACGUAAACCGGAGGAAGUAAACGAGUUGGGAAAAGAGGAAGGGAAGAAAGAUGAAAGGAAAGGAGAGAAAAAAAAGGAAGUGUCUACAGAGUCACGGCUACAGAGAUUACACAGUGACAUUAAAAUCGCACUGAAGAUCAACAACCCGGAUGUGAAGAAGUGUCUGGUGGCUCUGGAUGAACUCAGCUCACUGCAGCUCAGCACUCAACACCUGCAGAAACAAUGUGAGCUCAUCGCCACACUCAAGAAGAUCCGCAGGUUCAAGGCGAGUCAGGACGUGAUGGACAAAGCCACCAUGCUGUAUAAUAAAUAUAAGACAAUGUUCCUGGUGGGUGAAGGAGAGACGCUGAUCAGUCAGGUGAUCAAUAAAUCUCUGGCUGAGCAGCGGCAGUACGAGGACACCAAGAAGGGGGCGCUAAAGAGAGCCGAGCAGACCAAAGAACCUGGUGCAGAUAACAGGGCUGUGAAUGGAGACUCAAGCCCUGAAAUGAAAUCCACUGAGACCGAGAGAGAAAGGAUGGAGGAAACUGCAGCAUCAGAGCAGAACAGUGAAUCCAGCAGAAGAAUCAGCCUGACGAUGACUAUCAAGGUGAUGAAGAUGAUGCACCACUGGUGUGAGAGCGUGCGCAUGUGAGCGCGGGCGCGUGUGUGAGACAGCGUGUGUGUGUGUGAGAGCGUAUGUGUGUGUGAGAGCGUGUGUGUGUGUAUCAUCAGCACUAAGUGGCCUUUACACUCUUACACUCUUGGCCUUAUUAGGACUCGAGACUUUUCCCUGUUUAUUCUCUUUAGAAUUCCGGAUUUUUGCCGUUGUUUCAGAUUCUGAUGUUUUUAGUGUUUUAGCUCCUGAUUCACUUUAUAACAGUGUUAGAGUUUCUAACCAUCAUCACUCUGAUGGGACCCACUGCUGUUUGUGUUUCAGCAUCUACAGAAAUCUCUUUAGCUGCUAUAGGAACGCUUACACACACACACACACACACACACAUACACAUAUAUACACACACACA